UCACCGGUUCAACUAACGUGUGCUCAGGACAAUGAGUUUUAAAGUAAAAUAAUUAAAAGUUGUACAAAUUUAAUAACUUGGUGCCACUCUUGGUAAAUUUAUGAGGAGAGUGUGUACUACAGUCUGACUGAACUUGUCUGUACGACGGAUAAGUUGCUGCUUAUCAUUUACUUGUUCAAACUCGACCUACACACACUACACAGGAUUGGAGAUAAAUUGAUAGAUUCGCUCGUCUGUCCCCACUGGGCGCCAUGUCGACGUUAUAUCCCACUACGGGGAUCGCACCCCCUGCGAGACCUCCAGAAGUGGAUAAGAGACCGCUUCUCAGCGGCAAAUAUGCCACCAUUUUGAUAUCUCGCGUGGUGCAAGCUUCUUUUAUCAUCUGUUUAGUCCACAUCUUUGCCCUCAUCUGGGUUCGUGGAUUCGAAAAGAUUUUCAACUUUGGUAGCGGCGAUGACGACCUCAGCGAUAAAUCUAAUUCAAGACCAUCUCAGGGCAUGACAUUAUUCUCCUUGUUCAACUUCUUGCCAAUGUUUAUACAAUUUGUUGCCGGGGUUUUGAACCCUGCCACAUUUUGGAUCCUGCUUUCCUCAAUCAUCCAAGUUUGUGUCGUAUCUAGUAUUGCGAAAGUCUGUCCCUCGUUUCCGACGACUCGACAAGAAUCGGUGGUCGGGCUUUUAUGUGGAAAAUUUUCAGGGGGUAUACUCGCUACGAUUUUGAUUGGACUCACCAACGCCAUCAUCACCCACAGCUAUUUGAGUGUGGCUACUGGUGAGAUUGAACUUUUGGUGAGUGACGGAAAAUCGAAUGGAGGAGAGUUGAAGGAGUGCCCCGGACUUGGUGGGCCCAGUGUUCUCUGCUGGACGGACCAACGCAACACCAUUAUCCUGCUGUCCGCGUUAUACUCGACCUACGUCUUUUUCAAACAAUACGUUACAGUAAACUUUGUGAUGGCAUUCCCAACAAUCGAUCUGCAGAUGGGAGACCGGUUUCGCUGUUCCGUCUCCAAAGCAUGGAACGAUUGCAAACAGUAUGUCACCUUUUUCGCCACAUUUGACCUCGUCCUGGUCGGAUUAAACACAUUACUAUUCAUCGUUUCUAAAUCCUACCUCCACAAUUUACUCGAGUUUGGAAUCCUGUUCAACUUUCGGUUCUUUCUCCAUAUUCUCAUUUGGCCAAGUGUCGUCCUUUUUUCUACGAAAUUGGUGUGGCGCAUUGUCGAAAUCGUUAUGACUGAGAAGUUGAAUAUUCCACUCGAGUCCAAAUAUCCCUCUUCCACGGGGAUAAUCCUUCUGAGGGAUGCCAUGCAGUGGGGCCCCCUUCCAAUGAAAUUCUUGGCCUUUUUCGAGUUUAACAUGAUGGCUUGCAUGCCCACCAACCAGAAAGUGAUGGAAAACUUUUUUACCCUCAGUCAUCCAGGUUACCACGCGCGAAACUGGACUGGCGUUAUGGACGCCGUGCUGAGCGAAUGCACUGAUUUAAUCCAACGUUUGGACACCUACUCAAAGAAAAAAGAGACAAGUUCUUGGUGCCCUGCCAAGACCAGCACUCCCGUCACGGUGCCAAAAUUCUUCGCUUUGGUCGAAGAAAGAGAAGACAUUAAACUCAAUCCGAGCGCGUAUCGCCGUAAAACCUUGGACAUUCGGGAUUUGAAAACACCAACAAGCCUAGUGAGCAAGCCCUCAGCGCGAAAUGCUUUCCAAGCUGCGCCACAAAUUUUUAAAAAGAGUUUUUCCAACUUAUGGACACGUUUUUGGAACUAUCAGGUUGGCUCUGUCACUACCCGGGUUAAGUCGUUUGCCCAGGAGAAGAACUCUGCCAUGGAGUUCGCCAAUAUCCUCUCCACCGGACAGCCUGUUGUCAUCUGGGGGAUGAACGGCCUCGUAGAAAUUGCCACGCACUCCUUCGUGUACGACCAGUACGGCGCUAUGCAGCGUGACGUGAAUCAAAUUAUUUCCGUCCUUCUCACCCUGUACCAGACGUUAGACGAAGCGACGGCAACAAUGGUCAGGAAGGUUGAGAAGGUCUCGACCUCAAAGCCGAACAAUGAUAAGGUAGCCGUGUCCCUGACUUCCUCUCGACAACUAGUCACCAGCAUCCUCUUUUCACUAACUCGACUCCAUGGAUCCUUCCAUCUGUAUUACAAUACCCUCGGAAUUCCUGCUUCUCAACAGGAAAUGCUUUAUACCUUGUCCGAUAUGACGAAACCCCAACUGCAGAAGAGCCGAUCUUCUCAUGAUGACAGUUACUCCGCUUUCAUCCCUACUGAUUAAGGAUCUCUACUAUUUACAUAGUUAAUUCAUAACAUUAAACACGUUAGUUUUAAGUUGAUAUAUUAACAAUUGGUAAUAUUAUGACGACAGAGGACUUAUACGUUAUACAUCUAGUACUUUAUACAUAUGUACAUACUUAUAUUGCAAGCAUUAUACAUGCAAUAAUACCCUUAAUGUGGAUUCCAAUUGUGGACAAACCAACUCAUAACUAAUUAGAGAGAUGCCAUGUAAAACUUGUAUUAUUAUUCGCAACGGAGAUAAUAUAGAUAAAGAUAAAUAACUAAAUAUGAUAUGCGCUGAAUAAAUAUUUUACAUUUUUGCACAUUUUCAAGUAAAAAAAUAA